UCUAUUAGCCUUGGCAAUAUACUCCUUUUUMGUUUCGUUGCUAGACGAUUUUUCCGWCUGGAAGCGGCUGACUUGUUCAUUAAGGAGUACUCCACCAUUUGGAAGUGAAGUCAAAUGAAGAUGCGGUUGAAGUUGGGAUCAGUUUUGCUAGGAAUUAUUACUUUUAGCAAUGUUUUUUAUACCUGCAAAGCAUCUCGAGCUGCUGGUUGUAGACGAAGGGCAACUACUGGUAAACUGAAUAUGACAACAAGAUCCGAAGCAUUAGAAAUAAUCUUCAAAGGCUACGACAAGCAUGUCAGACCGUAUUCACAAGAAGGGAAGCCCGUCAAUAUCACUGUCAAUAUGAGAAUUAAUUCCGUGUAUGAGGUCCACGAAGAAGAAAUGGAUUAUACCAUGAGAUUUGCAUUUCGUCAAAAGUGGACAGAUCCUCGUCUCAAAUACAACGUGGAACUUACUCGGGGUAAGGGUCAUCCUUACAUGCAACUGGAGAGCGCCAACCGUAUAUGGUACCCCGACACAUUCUUCAUGAACGCGCGGUCAGCGUUUAUACAUGACGUCACCAAACGAAAUCUGGGAGUUAGAGUGUUUCCCGAUGGAUCGAUUUACAUGAGCCAGAAAAUAACUGUWACAGCUGAAUGUCAAAUGGACCUGAGAAAGUUUCCUAUGGAYACUCAAGUUUGCACCCUCAUGUUUGAAAGCUUUUUCCACACAGCUGCAGAGAUUGUUUUUAAAUGGGAAAACACUGACAAACCUGUCGCCAUCUCCAAGGACAUGAACCUUCCUCAUUUUGACAUUGUUGCCUUGGAAACUAAAGAAGUAAACAAUGUUUAUAAGUCAGGGAAAUUCAACAGCCUUGAAGUACAUAUAACCUUCCAGCGUCGUCUGGGUUUUUACAUCAUUCAGAUCUACCUACCCUGUGUGUUCUUGGUAUUUCUGUCCUGGAUGCCGUUCUGGAUGGACCCUGGUGAAACCGGUGAUCGACUUGCUGUGGGAAUCACUGCUGUUCUUACUUUAGUGUUUCUAUCGGGGGCGAUGAACAACAAGAUGCCCAAAGUGUCCUACAUGAAAGCCAUCGACUGGUAYGUCAUUGCAUGCUUCCUUGCUAUGGUCCUGUCRUUUGUGGAGUCCAUGGCAGUAUUCAGGGCAGGUGAACACAACCAAAAGAAAGAAGCAAAGGAUGCAGAGGACUGGGGUGUUCCCCUUACUAAGCGGAUCAUUGAUAAUUCAAACGAAUGCUACGAUAUGAAAGAAAUGAUGUCAGACGAGACAGAGCUAACAGCCGAAAAUGGUCCAGUACGCGACAGACGUCCAAGAUUAAUCAGACUGCAAUCUCUUGCCAAGACUACCCUACGAGGGGCUUGUAACAAGAAGACUCCCAAAAAAAAGGGGCAUCAUAAAAUAGACAGAAUAUCUCACAUACUUUUCCCUGGGAUAUUCAUCGCCUUCAAUGUUAUUUAUUGGCUUAUUUAUAUGUCUUGAGGUGGAAAUUUUGUAACCGAAAUCAGGGGCGGAUCCAGUAUUUCAUAAGAGGGGGGGGGGAGGGUGAUUUUGUCAGUAAUCUAUCACUAAAAACGAAGUAUAGCAGAUGGAACUGAUUUUUGUUAGCUUUGUUAGCUGCAAGAACAUUAUGCACAAUUUGACCGGAAGCAAAUUGACUUUUAUUGCCACGUAUAUUUGACUACACUACUCAAAUAGAUUGU